UGCAAACUAUUCCAGCAGUACCUACAGUAUCCAGCCAACUUCGUUUAUUAUAUCCAUUUCAUGUUUUUAUAGCCUACCGACUACUACUAUUAGCAUUUGAUUUUUGCUGAUAUUUAGUUGGCUUUUACUGUUGCUUAUUUUGUUGAACUAAUAUUUUUGAAUUUACGUUUGAGUAUGAUUUAGCCUAUUUCCAUGUGUGUGUAAAGAUUUUUCCCCUGCAUUCAUUCAUGGUAGCAAGUAAGUUUUGGUGAAAAUCUGUUAAGAAUUCUGCAGAUUUCUACAAAUAAAAUGGCAGAUAACCAAGUAGCCAACAUUGUUCAUGAAAUACUGCGUGUAGAGGCAGUGGAAGAGGCAUUCAGUUGUUUCUUGGUUCACAAGCCUGAACAAGAAAAUGAGAGACUGUUCAUGUACCAGAAGAAGUUGUGUGCUGUCAUGACUACAUUGAGUGCCGAGCUACAAGAGUCAGCAAUCAGACAGUACCUCAGUUUGACAGCAGUUUUAACAAAUAGAUAUAAAAUGAAGCAACUUCUCACACUUCUAGAAAACCUGGUGAAUACUAACAUUUUACAAGCAAGAAUGUUGUGUGACUGCAUACUAACUAGUGAUAAGCUGGUAUAUCAAAAUGCUGACUAUUGGAUUGAAUGUUUCAAUUUGAUUAGGAGGGUAAUUGGUGGUGUUGAUUAUAAAGGAGUGAGGGAAAUAAUGAAAGGAUGCAGAGAAAAAGCUCAUACAUUACCAGUACGGUUAAAUUCUAGCACAAUGCCUCAGCUAAAAGCAUUAUAUAGUGUAAUAGAGUACAUAUUUGAUAGAAAUGCAUCAUUGCUACCAGCCUACUUUAUUGUGACAGAAAUUCAGAAAGACUAUCCCGAUAACAACCACUGGCCACACUGGCAACUAGCCAAGUUAUUAACAAGCUUUGUAGAAAGUUUUAAGCCCUGUGCUCAAAUGGUGUCAAUAAUAGGGCACUCGCACAUGCUCCCGGUAGUAGAGUUCUCUGGAUAUGCAGAUCACUUAAUAAAUCCAUGGCGGUUAGACCCAACUACUCUAAAAUUUUCACUAAAAGGUAAUUUGCCAUAUGAUGACGAAUUGUUAAAGCCACAGAUUGCAUUGCUGAGGCAUGUUCUACAACAACCAUAUUCUAGAGACAUGAUGUGUUCCAUGCUGGGGUUGCAAAAACAGCAUAAGCAGCGUUGUAUCGCAUUAGAAGAUCAGUUAGUAGAGCUCAUGAUUUUACCAAUGGAAAGAAGUGAACAGGAAAAUGAAGAAGACGAGAUGUCAUCAACACACUGGUGCUGGCUUCAUUUGUCAUCCCAAGUGAUAUACCUGAUAUUGAUUGGCUUUGCUUCAUUUCCAAACAUAGUCAUGGGCCUGCACAACAAAUUGAUAGGUCACGAUAUGAAGAAAGGCCGCGAUCAUCUCAUGUGGGUCCUCCUCCAGUUUAUUUCAGGAAGUAUACAGAGGAAUCCUUUGUCUAAUUUCCUACCCAUAAUUAAAUUACAUGAACUUUUAUACCCUGAAAAAGAGCCGUUGCCUGUACCAGACUGCGCCAAAGCGCAUUGCACUCAUCAAAUGGCAGUUGUUUGCAUUUGGAUGCACUUACUUAGGAAAGCAGAAACAGAACAUAAAACUAUGACAAUGCCACAAAACUUGAAAGUACAAUAUGAAUUUCUUCAACACCUCAUGACAUCAAACAGUACUCCUACUUUGAUGGGAGCUGACUAUCGCAUUGCUUUGCUAUGUAAUGCCUACUCAACCAAUAACGAAUAUUUUGCGAGACCGAUGGGCAUCAUAAUAGAAUCGCUGUUUGGUCCUCAGAAACCUUUACCGAACGGGAAUCCUACACCGCCACUACCCACUGUUCCCCUGUCUAUGUGCAUACUCGAUAGCUUGACAUUACAUUGUAAGAUGUCGUUGAUUCACUCCAUAGUGACGCACGUCGCUAAGUUGGCCCAGAAUAAAACCAAUUUACCCGGUAGUACAAUGAUGACGCCCGCUUUAGUGGAAACAUACAGCCGAUUACUAGUAUAUACUGAAAUUGAGUCACUGGGAAUUAAAGGAUUCAUACAUCAGCUGUUGCCCACGGUAUUCAAAUCUCAUGCGUGGGGAAUUCUGCACAACCUUCUAGACAUGUUUUCGUACCGCAUCCACCAUAUACAACCGCAUUACAGAGUGACUCUGUUAUCCAACAUACAUUCUCUCGCAGCUUAUCCACAAGCUAAUCAGACACAAUUGCAGCUUUGUUUCGAAAGUACGGCCCUUCGUCUGAUUACGAGCCUUGGCAGCUCUGGCGUUCAGCUGCAAAUGUCGAGGGUGGUUUCGGAACCCAAAUCGUUGGUUUCUGCCGAGAGUGAGGAGUUGAACCGUGUGCUGGUCCUCACCUUAGCGCGCGGCAUCUAUAUGACUGGCGCAGGCAGCGAUAGCGUGGCCAUGAAGGAACUGCUGUCCACGAUCAUGACGAACACGCCGCACAUGUGGUCACAACACACUCUGCAGUGCUUUCCACCGGUGUUGGUCGAGUUUUUCGCACAGAAUCCCGCGCCGAAAGAGAACAAACAAUUGUUGAAGAAAUCAGUGGACGAGGAGUAUCGCAAAUGGACGUCGAUGGCCAACGACAACGACAUCAUAUCGCAUUUCUCCGUGCCAGGCACGCCGCUAUUCUUGUGUUUGCUUUGGAAGAUGAUCUUUGAGACCAAUAGGAUUAAUCCUAUCGCUUUCAAGAUUUUAGAGCGGAUCGGCGCUCGAGCACUAUCAGCGCACUUACGCAAAUUCUGCGACUACCUAGUGUUCGAGGUAACCAACCCGGCCGGCGGACACAUCAACAAGUGCGUCGACGCCAUCAACGACAUCAUCUGGAAGUACAACAUCGUCACUAUUGACAGGCUGGUUUUGUGCUUAGUACUGCGACCCAACCCCGAUGCGAAUGAGAGUCAAGUAUGCCUCUACAUUAUACAGUUGUUGCUUCUGAAGGGCUCCGAACUGAGGAACCGAGCCCAAGACUUCGUCAAGGAAAACUCGCCUGAGCAUUGGAAACAGAAUAAUUGGUACGAUAAGCACUUAGCAUUCCAUAGGAAAUAUCCAGAAAAAUUCGCACCAGAAGAGUCAAGCAAUAAUGCUUACGGCGGUCCCAUACCGGUUUACCUGAGCAACGUCUGUCUCAGGUUCAUUCCCGUGCUAGACAUAGUCGUACACAGACAUCUGGAAAUUCCCCAGGUCAGCAAAAACCUGGAACAACUACUGGAACAUCUGGGAUACCUUUAUAAAUUCCAUGACCGCCCAGUAACAUUCCUUUACAACACAUUGCACUAUUAUGAGUCGAAACUAAGGGAUAAACCGUUAUUGAAGAGGAAACUCGUGAAUGCGGUCCUAGGGUCCCUAAAAGAUGUUAGGCCAUCAGGAUGGGCCACCACUGAAGCCUUCCAGACUUAUUUGGGGAAGCCCGACACGGAUGCCACAGGUUGGGCGCCCGACCUGAAUUACUAUUUGGGUCUCGUCAACAGAAUGGUAGACACCAUGACCGGGAACUCUCACUUCCCAAACACAGACUGGCGAUUCAACGAGUACCCCAACCCUUCAGCGCAUUCACUCUACGUGACUUGCGUAGAACUCAUGUCACUACCGCUAGCUCCUAACAUCGUCGCUAACAACCUGCUAGACGUCAUUACAAAAGGAUUCGUCGUUAUCCCGGCAACAAAAAUUCAACUCUGGAUAAACGCCAUAGGACUCAUAAUGGCCGCCCUACCUGAUCCUUAUUGGACAGUUUUACACGAGAGGAUUCUAGAAUUGAUCACGCAUUCCGAUAUGACGGAGUGGCCGUUCCCGUAUACGCCAUUCCAGCUGUUCAACUUGUCAACUACCAAAGAGGCGAUGCUGGAAAAUAAAUACAGCCUUACAUUAGCGUUGGCUCAUGCCGUUUGGUAUCACGCCGGAGCGGGACAGAUCAUGCAAGUACCAGUAUUCGUAAAAGAGAAACUUUCUCCCGAGAUAAACAGUGAAAUCCAGCUGAUUUUCCUGUGCCACCUAGUUGGUCCGUUCCUCCAAAGGUUCAACUCUGACAUGUCUCGCACAGUCAUGGAUAUCACCGUGACGUUGUACGAACUUCUCGCGCACAUAGACAAGUCGCAGCCCCAUCUACAAUACAUAGACCCGCUGUGCGACUUGCUUUACCACAUUAAAUAUAUGUUUGUCGGUGACACGUUGAAGAAUGAAGUGGAGAGCGUAAUUCGAAAAUUGCGUCCGGCUCUUCAGAUGCGACUUCGGUUCAUCACACACUUGAAUGUGGAACAAAUAAAUACCGCCUAGCAGAAUGACUACUACAGCUAUACGCCUUCCAGCUCGAGCUCUAGCUCCGAAUAAAGGCAAGCUGUAGUAUAGACUAAUAUAACAUAAAUGGUGAGUCUCACUUCACAAACUCGAAUUAUAGACAGCACAUUGAGUGUUAUAUCAAUGCAAUAAAUUAUUGACUUUGAUUUGUGAUCGAGUGUACCUGCUCUAUCGAGUGAAACUUGUUCUUCCUUGUCGUUUUGCAAACUUUUAUGCGUAAUUUUUUCGGAAUUUUUCCGUGUAGCCUUACAAUGUCUUUAGUAGGUUGUAAGAAUGAUUGAAAUGAUGUAAAAUGUACAAUCGAAGAUAUGCGUAAGCACAAUGUCUUCACAAAGCCCGACAAAGAGAUACGAUUUAUCUUUCUGAGUAUAGAUUUAUAACACCAAUACAUUUUGUAUUAAGAAACGGCGUUAUGCCGGUGAAUAGUUAUUCCUAUUUUAUGACGCGACGUGACAAACUUAGGUACAUACAUGUGACAAACUUGGGUACAUUAAUUAAGAUAACUUAUUUGUAGAAUAUAUUUAACUAAUGUACUCGAUUUUUUGUACGCUUUUUAUUCUGCACAUUUAAGAAAUAUUUUUUUGGCUGUUAAAAUUUACCGUUAUAUCCAAUUUUCACAGCAAUAUGAUUAGUUAGGUGUAGAUUCCUAUUGGCACUUAAUUCCUUAAUAAUUUUAAUGUAUAUUUGUUAUAAUCAUUAAAAAGGUAACCUUAUAGUUAAUAACGUAGCCUUGGUAUUUAUGAAUCGAAGUAUGUAUAGUACUAUAUUUAAUUGUAUAAAUUGUACUACCUCUAAUAAUUCUAUACGAGAGAGACAUACUUUUGUACCAAAAUGUAAGAUAGUAAUAAAAAAUGUUUGCCUUCAAUCGUACAUAAUUUAUUUGUAAGAUGUGUCAGUACUGCGCUGUACCUACCGCAGGCGAAUAGUGAUCAUAUUUUUUUAAAAUAAAUUUGCUAUUUUCCCGGAAAUCUUUAUUUUAUCAAAAUUUUUAGUAUUUAAUGUUUGUUCGAGGCGUAUAAAAUAGUGCUAAGGCCAAACCAGAUGAUACGUCGUCCCUAUAGUUUAUUGAAGCACAAUGUGUGAGUAAACAGCACAAAAACAUUGAUAAAAUCUAUGGUCCUUAUUUUAAAAUGAUUUUGCUUCUAAUCCACAUCGACACUAAUAACUAAAGUUUUUUUUUAUGUUCAUAACGAAUAAACUCAAAAACUACUAAACUGAUUUUGAUGUAAUUUGGUAUUCAGAUAGAAUAGACUAUUAGGGAUAACAUGGUUUAUUCCUAAUAGUCUAUGUUUCUGAAUAUUCCCAAGGGAGCGAAUCCACGCGCCAUAGCUAGUCGAAAAACAUAAAAUGGACAUAGUAUUGACAUUAUAUAAACCAAAUGUUAAAAAUUAAAUUAUUUACAUAUUUGUAUAGAUAUAAAUGUAUAGACCAAAAAUAAAUUUAAUUUAUGACUCAUUAUAUCGCUGUAAUAAUUUUGAUUGAUUAGCAUAAAAAAAUAUGGUCACUUCUCGUGAAAAUAUAAGAAACAAAAAGCAAUGCACGUUAACUUUUGUAUACAAUGGAUAAUGUUUACAUUUCUGUGUCUUUAAAUUGCAACGGAAUAGAUAAUAAUACAUCUUAAGUCUUUUAAGAAAAUAAUAUUUUUUGAUCGCACUUGUAUAUAUAUGUUGUACGUACAAUAUGUUUGAAUUUUGUUAUUAUACAUUUACAUCACGCGUUAUAUUUGGCAUGUAUAAAGUUCAUUAAUGAGCUACCAAAACAUUCGAUAUUUAGCCUAUGAUGUGAUAGUAAUAAAUAUAUAUUACGACGCGCAAAAUAUGCCUUCUGAGUGUAAUAAUAAAAUGCCAACCAAAAUAUUUUUGUAGAUGAUUGUCAUAGCCGUAGCCCUAUUUAUUACACAUCAUAUAUCUUCCAGAGUUUUGUAAUAAGAUAUAAUAGUAGAUUUUGUACUUUUAGCCAGGUCUAUUGAAAACAUUAUAUAAAUUGUUAAAAUGCACAUAAAUAAUAACAAUUUCAAUAGUUAAUUAUCACAGCACAUUUCAUAGUUUAAUAGACAUUAAUAUGUUACCGCUUUAAAAUUUUGAAGAAUUAGUUUAUUCAAUUAUAGGUCGGUAGCUUCGAUCAACUAUGUCGGUAGCUACUCCGAGUGAGAAAACAGAUAUAUUAUUUUUUUACUUAUGUAGUAGUUUUUUAUCGUAGUGAUAAUUUUAGAGCAUUUCAAUAAAUAUAAAUUAACCUUAUUAUAGCUGCAUCACAAGGACAAUACGAAGACAUUUUGCCGUGGGUACAUUUUCAAAACAUAAUGUUUAUUAUUCACUAUAAAACCUACCCCCUUUAAGAAUGAUUGGUAUAAUUUGAAAACUUGACGACACGGGCGUUUGUUUCAGAAUAAAAGCCAAGUAAAAUUCAAACCUGACGUCUUCAAAAUAGUCUUUUCAUUUUUUAUUCUGUGUAACAUUUAACUUUAAACAUUGUUAUAAUAAUGAAUAUUUUUUAUUCGUUGAAGUGAUUGAAGUAAUAAUUUGUAGUUGUUUAGGUAAAUUAGGCAAUUCACUGUGUUUUGUUGGUUCACUUAUCAAACAUAACGUAAUAAGUAUAAUCACAACACAAAUGUGACUAACACAUUGUCACAAUACCUACUAGUUUUAAGUCGAAAAACAAUAAGUUAUACGUAGAUUAAAAAAAACAAUGAAAAGCAAUAGGUGUGAUAAUGCUACUUCAACAUACUUCUGUCUGAUAACAUAUUUGUAUAUAAUAAAAUACUUUAACACAUGAUCUAGUUUUUUUACAUAUUUGUAUGCAAUUUGAAUAAAUUUGAGAACAAGUAUACAUAAUUAAUACUUAAUCAAAUUAUAUAUAGUAAAUUUUAUUAAUGCUGUAUUACUCCGCAGCCAUUAUAGUGGUAGUACCUAUUCAUAAUUAAUGAUAUUAGCUUGUUCUUUUUUGUAUUAUACAGAAGAAAUUUUGUUAUGCAAUACUUUUAAGUCAACACAUCUACAAUUUGUAGAAGACAAAGGCGAUGUUUUACGAAAAGUGUUCAUUGAAUUUGACCUCUAGUGAACAAAUUCUCUUGCAAUGUGGUAUAUUUAUAUUCUUAGGUAUUAAAGCUUCAUGCUAUUAGAGUAAUUUCUUCCUUAUUCCUGCGUGCCGUGCUCCUAGCAAAAUAGUGAGGCCUCUGUGUGAUUACUUUAAAUUGUAAUUAUAAGUAUUGUUGUAUGUUACGCGUGUUAAGAUGUACUUUUAAAACAUUUUUGUAGCUCACUCAAUGGUUUUUAUUAUUUAAGUAUUACAAAUAUCUUUAUCAUCUACACCACGCCGCCAAUAUACAAAAUAUUGCCAGAUAUUUCUUUUAAUCAAAUAAAACAAAGUACCGAAAGUUGUGGUCGGAUUUGUUUGAAAUAUCGGAAAGAUUCUGAUUAAGGUUUUAUCUAUAAAUACCUACUACCCAUGCGAAGCCGAGGCGGGUCGCUAGUUUGGAAUAAAUUAUAAUUUGUAACCUAAUAUAAGUUGAUGAAAUAAACAAAACAGUGUUGCAAUGAUUAAGUUUGUUUCUUUUUAAAUAAUGUACUCGUUUGCAUUGGUAUUGUUAAGUAGAGUACUUCACUUAAUUAUAAAUAUUGAGUCCAUUCAUUGUAUAACUUGAUUUCUAUGACGGCAGGAUGGAUCUCGGUACUAUGACGUAGGUGUAAAAAACAGUAAUAAAAUAUAUGCAUUUGACAUCUUUCAUAGAGAUCAAGUUACAUUGUAAGGAAACAGGUACAUACGCUUUUUGUCUAUGAUAUAUUUUUUUUAUAACAUUAAAUAUAUCACAUCUAAAAUGUUGAUAGAUUAUUACUUUUUAUAUUUAUCGAUUGCCUUAGUUCUGAAAUCGUGAUGAAAUGGGCAGAUACAGUGUGUCCGAUAUAUAUAUAUAUAUAUAUAUAUACUACCUAUUCUAGUAAAGUCAUAGAAUAGAAUAGAUAGAUGAAGUGUUUUUAAAUAAAAUACUUUGUUUUACGUUACGCAUAUAGUACUUUCCUGUAAUUUGAUAUAAUUGAAAUGGUUGUGUUAUCAAUUUAUGUAGAAACAAUUUGAGUGUCUACUAUAAUAAAUUGCGUUAAUCUUUUUUUAAAUGAACGUUAAGUCUCAUUUUUAAAAGCUUUUAUCUUAUAGUAAAAUCUGAUUUUUAACAGUAAGAGUUCUAUCAUAACUUUUGUUUUCUGUGUGAAUCAAUUUUAAGGUUGGGAGCAACAACACAUACUUUUAAUUUUAUUUAAAUGCUUUGUGAAGCUGAUACUUAAAACUUUGUUAAUGCUUAUCUUACAAUAAAUUUAUUGAUACAUAUAGUUACUACACAUUACAAUUAUAUGUGAUAUUAUUAGAUGAAUAUUUAAUUUUGAUGAACAAUAUUUCUUAUAGUAGGUAGCUGAGUAGUAUGUUUAAUAACCUAUAAAUUGCAUUUUAAGUAUAAUUUAUUAUGAAAAAAAUAAAUAAUUCUUACUUCUACUAUAGUUUUAGUU